AUGGAUUCGAAUGAGCUGGAGACGAAUGCGAUAGUCGUUCAUGACGAGGCUACUGGGUCUGUUCCGUCAGAGGAAGGAGCAGAAGGUCCGAUCCAAGACGAUGAACCCGACGAUGAAGAUCCAAGAGAGCGAGACACGUUUGACAUCGAGAAAGCCGUAGUGGAGUUUAUAGACGAACCAUCGAUCGUUCAUGAUGAGUAUCCGGACAGUUCAAGUGAUGAAGAUGAUGAAGCUCGUCGAGUGAGAAAGCGGAACAACAUCAGAAAAGUCGAUGGGACUUUGUACUAUCACCAAAUAUUCUUCAACGCCAUUGCAUUUAAGGAAGCUGUACUCGGCCAUGCUCUGAAGACUGGAUGCAACAUCGCACAGUACAUGUAUGAUAAAACCAAGAUUGGAUUUAGAUGUGCUGGAGAUGGAUGUAUUUGGCGCAUAUAUUGUGCAAUCACUAAGAAAUGUAGGAGGUGGAGGGUGAAUAAGUACAUUGAUAAGCAUACAUGUAAUCCGAAUGGAGAUUGUGAGAUGUUGAAGAUAGAACAAACCAUUAAAGCGAAAUGGAAGAUCACUGUAUCCAGGCCUCAAUGUCAAGCUGCAAGGAAUAAAGCUUUGAGAUGGAUUGAGAAAGAGUAUGAUGAGCAGUUUGCAAUGCUCCAAGAUUACGCGUCUGAGAUACGAGAAUCAAACCAAGAUUCAACUGUUGAAGUUGACACUGUGACUAACGAUGCAGGAGAAGAGGUAUUCAACAGUUUCUAUGUCUACUUUGAUGUGUUCAAGAGAACAUGGAAAGAUUCUUGUAGGCAACUAAUAGGUUUAGAUGGAACCUUUAUAAAAGGUAAAGUUAAAGGUCAGUUGUUGGUUGCUUUAGGUAGAGAUUCAGAUAAUGCUAUCUACCCAAUAGCAUGGGGGUGUGUACAAGUAGAAAACAUAGUAAAUUGGUUGUGGUUGGUGAGGAAGAUUAAGGCUUAUUUGGGACUAAUGGAUGGUGAUGGUUAUAUCAUAGUCUCUAAUCGCCAAAAGGGACUUAUCCGAGCUGUUGAGUUAGAGCUACCAAAAGUUGAGCAUAGAAUGUGUGUCCGACACAUUUAUGGCAACUUGAAGAGAAACCAUGGGAAAGAUAAAGAGAUGAAGAAGUAUGUCUGGGAUAUUGCAUGGAGCUACAAUGAGAAGGAUUUUGAAGCAAACAUGAUCAAGCUUAAAAACUACAGUGAGAUUGUCUGGCGUGAUGUU